CGCAAACCUGUAAACAGGAGAGCGGGAGGAGGCGACGGCGGCAGCGGCUGUGGUGACAGCGAUGGCGUUGGCGUGCGGUGUAAGGAGUUGCCCCAACAUUUGUCGACGUGGGAGAAUCCAUCUUUGUCUCCUUUCAUCCCUUGCACUCCUGUUUAUUUUUGUAGUGGUUUUAGACGCAUGGCUGCCACAAGUGAAUGAAGGCAUAGCAAGCUUGGAAAGAAGAGCCAGCUUGCCAGCCCGGUUGCCAUUAUCUGGCCGUUCCUUUACAAUCAUCAUGCAGAGCUACAACCGAACAGACCUGCUCCUUAAGCUGCUGAACCAUUAUCAAGCAGUACCCCACCUGCACAAAGUGAUCGUCGUGUGGAACAGCCUUGGAGAAAAGCUGCCCCAGGACCUCUGGGAGUCUUUAGGACCUCAUCCUGCCCCUGUUGUGUUCAAGGAGCAGUCGGUGAAUCGGAUGAGAAACCGCUUGCAGCCAUUUCUGGAGAUUGAAACAGAAGCUAUUCUGAUGCUGGAUGACGACACCCUGAUCAGCGCUCCUGAUCUUGUCUUUGCGUUUUCCGUCUGGAAGCAAUUCCCUGAUCAAAUUGUGGGCUUUGUGCCCAGGAAGCACGUGACUGCAGCAUCAGGAGUGCACAGCUAUGGAAGCUUUGAGCUGCGUGCCAGUGAAGCUGCCAGCGGGGACGUGUAUUCAAUGGUGUUGAUCGGUGCAGCCUUCUUCCACAGACGAUACUUAGAGAAAUUUCAGCAGCUCCCGUCUCGUGUACACCAACUGAUAGAUGAGACCCAAAACUGUGAUGAUAUUGCCAUGAACUUCCUUGUGGCUAAGCACACCGGCAAGCCUGCAGGCAUCUUUGUCAAACCAGUGGACAUGAGAAACCUGGAGAAGGACGCCAGCAGUGGCUACACUGGCAUGUGGCAUCGGGCCGAGCACCUCCUGCAGCGGUCCUACUGCCUCAACCAGCUGGCUGCCAUUUUUGGCUCCAUGCCGCUGCGCCACUCUGACAUCAUGGUGUCCCAGUUUGGAUUUCCCAGCUAUGCCAACCACAAGAGUAAAAUUUAAACGGAAAAGGAGCGUGUGGCUUUGGUGGGACAGUGUGUCAUGCUGCCUCAACUGAGAAGGGGAUGGUGGGCAUCAGUAAGGGGUGAUUUCUAACUAAGUUGCUGCCUAAAAAUUUGUGGAUCAAAAUAAUAAUAAAAAGUGUGAUUUUUUUCUAUUUCUA